AUGCCUCUCCCCGUGCCGCCGCGGACUCCCACUCCACCUCCCGAUGAUCGCAACAGCGCUUUUGUCUUCCCAUCGCAUCCUCCAGAUCGCGAUACGUUGUCGCCUUUAGUUGAGUCUUUCCCACUGCGUAAUGGCUCUGAUACGGAAGAUCGCAACCGCCUGAGUCCUACCAGGGGCUCCUUCAACCUCUCUCCGGACACUGCACAACAAAAUGGCCAGACGGACAAUGCCUCGUCCGGGCCAUUCAAUUUCCAGACCACGACUAUGGCGAAAAGCCCAGUGGUGAAAUCUAACAUCGGUCAGCGACGAGGCCACAAGUACAAGCACAGUAGUAUCUCGCAUCAGAUCUUCCUUGAACCUCCUCCGAGAGCCCCAUUGGCUUUACCCAACUCGCUACCUAUACCGACGCUAAAAGAAUGUCGGGCCAGCAUGUCCGUGGACCAGAAACGAAGAUUCUGGUGGAGCGUGUGCCACAUGUUCGUCGCCGCUUAUACUCUGUGGAGCGCGCAUGGUUCCCUGGCCAUGACGGCCCUGUCUCACUUGAUCCUGUUCGAUUCGCUCGGCGCGUUACUUUGCGUGGCAGUAGAUGUUCUGGGUAAUUUUGAAGUCUGGAAGAGAUCGAGCAUUCGACAUCCGUUCGGCUUAGAGCGCGCCGAGGUACUGGCUGGCUUUGCGAUGUGUGUCCUCCUCCUAUUCAUGGGAUUGGAUCUCAUUUCCCACAAUCUUCAGCACUUCCUCGAGUCUUCACCUGGCCAUGAACCUCACCAUGAACACGCCCAUGAACGAGUCUCCCCGGGGAGUGUGGACUUUACCGCGCUGCUUGCUAUCUCGUCCACGCUGAUUUCUGCUAUUGGACUGAGGAACCAUGGUCGGAUCGGAAAGGCAAUGCGCUUUGGUUACAUCGAGUCUUUACCUUCGGUGCUCAGUAACCCGUCUCAUUUUCUUACGCUCUCUUGCUCUACGUUGCUUCUGAUACUUCCCUUGGUGUCGAUCCAGCUUUUCAGAUGGCUUGAUGUCACACUGUCUAGCACCAUAGCGAUCUCCAUGUGUUUCUUGGGGGUACGACUCGUUAAGACUCUGGGGUCUAUGCUGCUUAUGUCCUAUUCCGGACCGGGUGUUUCCGAUGUCGUUCGGGAUAUCGAAGCCGACCCUUGCGUGUUCGCUGUCGACGAUGCAAGGUUCUGGCAGGUGCAUUACGGGCUGUGUAUGGCAAAUUUGAAGCUUCGCGUCUCUGGCUCGGAGGAGAACCUUGCGCGUCUUCGUGACCGAGUCUCUAGUCUUGUCAAGAAUCGGCUUGGAGGAGGGUACGGCGGUGGUGGCCAGAAGUGGGAGAUUUCUGUACAGUUCGCCAUAGAGAAAGCAUAA